ACACACACACACACACACACACACACACACACAUGGAGUGUUAGCUAGACGAGCACACUAUACACAAAUUGCAGUAGUAGCUGCCAGGAGCAGUACAGAUAGCUAGCCAGGAGUAGAUCAUCAGAGCUAGCGGAAUAGCCCCGAACUCGAUCAUCAGCUUAGCUAGCUAGGCAGCUGCUAGCUAGUGUGCAUGGAGGACGACAAGAAGGAAGGCAAGUACCGCGGCGUGCGGAAGCGGCCGUGGGGCAAGUUCGCGGCGGAGAUCCGGGACCCGGAGCGCGGCGGCUCCCGCGUCUGGCUCGGCACGUUCGACACCGCCGAGGAGGCCGCGCGGGCCUACGACCGCGCCGCAUUCGCCAUGAAGGGCGCCACGGCCGUGCUCAACUUCCCCGCCGGGGCUGCCACCAUGAGCGGCGGCGGCGGCGGCUCCUCCUCAUCGUCGGCUCCGGCGGCGGCGGGUGCCGCCAGGGGGAGGACCACCCGGGUCCCGGACUCGGAGAAGGUGGAGCUGGAGUACCUUGACGACAGGAUCCUGGAGGACCUGCUCGCGGAGGACAAGUACAAUUAGAACUACUGAGACUAUACACACAUAUACACAGCUAAUAUAAUACACUUGUUCCGCUCGCUGCUAGUUGCUCUUCCAGUAAAAAAUUAAAGGAGACAAGCAGUAGUACCAUGCCAAGAAUAGCUAGCUAUAGGCCUAUAGCCUCUCUAGCUAGCUUCUUUCUGGUGCCUGGAGCUAGCAUGCACACGUACUGCUCCGAACAGCUUACACGUCAUUGUUACAGCAAGCAAGCUCAUCAUCAUGCACCGUGUGCUUCGCCACCAUGAAGACUGACGAAAGCAGGCGAUGCAUGCAGGCAUCUGGUUCAGCACCAGUACGUCAUACCCUCUUGCUGCAUUCUAUAUAUACACACAUGUCGUAUAGAAUGAUGAUACGGUAUUAAUUUACACAUAAAGUCGCGAUUAUGCAUAUAUAGUCCCCUCAAAAAAGAAAUUGUACUGUAUAUGCAUAUGCCAUAUAAAGAUUGAUUAAACUAUUUCAAAA